CCUAGAGCGGCGGCGGCGACCCACUCUUCCGGCGCAUAGGCGCGCCUGCGCGCGAGAGCCGGGUGAGAGGUCGGCAAGAUGGCAGCGGCCUCGGGGGAUGAGGCGCCGCCGGACAACGAGGACUACUACGCGCUGCUCAACGUCCGGCGGGAGGCCUCGCAGGAAGAGCUGAAAGCCGCCUACCGCAGGCUGUGCAUGUUGUACCAUCCCGACAAGCACAGAGACCCGGAGCUCAAAAGGCAGGCCGAGCAGCUGUUCAACCUCCUUCACCAAGCUUAUGAAGUGCUCAGUGACCCACAGACAAGAGCCAUCUAUGACAUAUACGGGAAGAGAGGCCUCGAAAUGGAAGGAUGGGAGGUGGUGGAGAGGAGGAGGACACCUGCUGAAAUCAGGGAGGAGUUUGAACGUUUGCAGAGAGAGAGGGAAGAGAGAAGACUCCAGCAGCGGACAAACCCAAAGGGGACGAUUAGCGUUGGAAUCGACGCCACCGACCUCUUUGACCGGUAUGAUGAGGAGUACGAAGAUGUGCCCGGGAGCGGCUUCCCCCAGAUCGAAAUCAACAAAAUGCACAUCUCCCAGUCCAUCGAGGCUCCGCUGACCGCCACGGACACUGCAGUCCUGUCCGGAAACCUCUCCACCCAGAAUGGAAACGGGGGCGGCUCUGUGAACUUGGCCCUCCGGCGAGUGACCUCUGCCAAAGGCUGGGGGGAGCUCGAGUUUGGAGCCGGAGACCUCCAGGGGCCUUUAUUUGGCCUGAAGGUGUUCCGGAAUCUCACACAGCGAUGCUUCAUCACGACAAACGGUGCGCUGCAGUUCUCCUCCCGCGGGAUCCGCCCGGGCCUCACGACGGUCCUGGCGCGGAACCUCGACAAGAACACCAUGGGGUACCUGCAGUGGCGCUGGGGCAUCCAGUCGGCCAUGAACACGAGCAUCGUCCGGGAUACCAAAGCCAGCCACUUCACGAUGGCCUUCCAGCUGGGGAUCCCUCACUCCUUCAUGAUGGUCAGCUACCAGCACAAGUUUCAGGAUGAGGAUCAGACGCGGGUGAAAGGAUCUCUCAAAGUCGGUUUCUUUGGGACCAUUGUGGAGUAUGGAGCCGAGCGGAAGAUCUCCCGGCACAGCGUCCUCGGAGCCACCGUCAGUGUUGGCGUCCCCCAGGGAGUGUCUCUGAAAAUCAAGCUGAACAGAGCCAGCCAGACCUACUUCUUCCCGGUCCACCUGACAGACCAGCUGCUGCCCAGCGCAGUCUUCUACGCCACUGUGGGUCCCCUGGUGGUCUACCUGGCCAUGCACCGGCUCAUCAUCCGGCCCUACCUCCGAGCACAGAAGGAGAAAGAUCUGGAGAAGCAUCGGGAGAGCACGGCCAGCGACACUUUGCAGAAGAAGCAGGAAGCCGAAGCUGCAGUGCGGUUGAUGCAGGAAUCUGUCCGGAGGAUCAUUGAGGCUGAGGAAGCCAGGAUGGGCCUGAUCAUCGUGAAUGCCUGGUACGGGAAAUUCGUCAACGACCAGAGCAGGAGGAACGAGAAGGUGAAGGUCAUUGAUGUGACUGUCCCCUUGCAGUGCCUGGUCAAAGACUCCAAGCUGAUGCUCACGGAAGCCUCCAAGGCCGGCCUGCCUGGGUUCUACGACCCCUGCGUUGGAGAGGAGAAGAGCCUGAAAGUUCUCUACCAGUUCCGAGGAGUUCUGCAUCAAGUGAUGUCUGGCGACAACGAAGCCCUUAGGAUACCAAAGCAAUCUCACCGGAUUGAUACGGACAGCUAAUCUGGUGGGGAAGCAGAGAAGGCGUCUGGUUCUGUGCUGGGAUCAACAGACACUGUGUGGGUUCUCCUCCCUGGAUUCGACACGUCUUCUGCCCGUGGAGAGACUGCUUUUUUAAUGAUCUACACAGAAGGUGGUUUUACACCCGUUGCGUUGGGGUGGGGGGAGCGAGAGGGAGCCGCUUUUUACGAGACGGUGGCCCUGCAGUGCUCCUCCCCAGGGGCGUGGCUUGAGCAAGCCCGUGUUUCCCGUCUGCCCAUCCCCCAGGUGUGGGGGCGGGGGGGUUGCAGUCUGGGAAACCCCCCCCCCACUGCAGGAACCCAUGUGUUCAGCCAGGGCCGCUCUGGCGAGAGAAGGGGAAGGGGUGAGCCGGAGACGUCUCUUCAGACUUGCGGCGAGGGGGUUGCUUCAGAGAGCGUGGAGAGGGGGUGGGCGCGGUGGCCUCAGCUCCCCUUCCCCCCUGGAGGGAAAAGCCAAACGUACAGCCGCCUCUGUGCAGACCUCGUUGCCCGUCAGUGGCGCGGUUCACAUCCGAAAUCACACACAGGUUGGGGAGAUCCAUCGGGAAGCAUUUAUUUUCACGCUCAGACCUUCCUGACCCCCAUCUGGGCAGCGACUGGAUGCUGCGCACUCAGGAAGAGCGACGCCCCUCUCACCUUGACCCUCUCCCAAGCAUGCUGGUUCAGAAAGGAACUCUGCUUGGGGACCCGUUGAAAAGCUUUCUGCAUGCUAGGAAAAGGGGGCGGGGGGAGGCUAGACCAGACCUAGAGAGGAAUUCACUGGCAGGCUGCUGAUGCGGGUGCUUAACCUUUCCUCCAGCCCGGGGGCUGUCGCAGCCUCUGGCCUGUCUCUGGGGCAAGAGCGGGGAAAGGCCCUGUCCUGAUGAUGGCUCGGUCCUCGGAGCCCCACCUUCUGCAAGAGCCUCAAGAAUCUGCACCCAAACGAGAAUGCAUGUGGUGGGGGGGGUGUCUCUUGGCCGGCUCUUCUUCUAAACGAUCUAUUGGUAGGUAAACUUCUGAGCAGCAUGAUCAGAUUCCCAGGAUCCCAGGAGCGGCUCACCCCCCCCCCACACACACACACCCAUUGCCCUUGGAAUCAUGCCCCUUUCCUUCUGAUUUGACCGGCUGGCAUUGAGCCGAAGGGCUCUCCAUUGAUGUCUGUUUCCCUUGUGAACCGUCAGUUGUGCAGUAAAGAUGAUCGUUUGGCCCUUUCCUCCAGGUGGAUUCUCCCAGCUUCUUCUCAAGCUGACUCAAUGAGAGAAGCACUGAGUGGCCAGGAACCCUAGUACCUUUUGGAAAGCAGGGGGCCGUGAGCACCCCGGAGGCCGCCCGGUUUGGGUGGCGUCUUUGGGGCAGGACCGGCCCACUGGCAUCUGCUGCUUUCCAGACCCGUUGAGCGAUGGGCUCCCCUCUGCCUCUUCUCUCCCCACCCCUUGUGUUAUUGGGAACCUUGCAAGUGCAUGACCCGCUGACGAGGGCCGAGCUCCUGGUUUCUGUUGUAACCAAGAAGGACAAUAAAAUAACCCACUUUCAUGAA